AUGGCGCUUCAGCAAAGACGAAUACAGGCUUUUUUACCAGUGACACUCAUCACACUGAUGAUCGUUCACCGCAGUCAGUGUCAAGAGCUACAGCACAACCGACGGCUGGGCCAGUUUUGCACUUGCCAGACUCAGAUGGAGUUGGAACGCCAACUAGUUGCAGUUCUUGCAGCUGCUUGUGCUGCAGUGAGCUACAAUGCUACGUUCGUGGAGGGCGGUUUUAGCUACUGGAAGAAGGCACUCCAGAGGUUUGGUCAGCAUGAAGGAAGCGAAAUGCACCAAGAGGCAAUGGCCAAGCUUGCUGCUAAGUUUAGUGCAGUAGAUGUCAGGUCGCAGCUUAGCAAACAGCAUGAAGCAGAAAUGAAAAAUCAUCGUGCUAUGUUUAUGAAGCUGUUGGAGUGCGUUAGAUAUUUGCUGCUGCUGUUGCAAGCUAAAGAUGAUGCUCAUGUGGGAUCAUGGCUAAAGAAGCGAGACUAUCUCUCUUCUGAAAUUAUCAAUGAGAUUAUUUCGCUGUGUGGACAGAAGCUUCUGCGACAGCUGCUGCAAGAGAUCAGUGAAGCAAACAUUUUUGCCCUGAUUGUUGAUGAGGCUACCGACGUCUCGCACAAUGAGCAAAUGUGCAUUGCCAUUCGUUGGGUUGAUUCCAGCUACACUAUCCAUGAAGAUGCUAUAGGCUUAAUCCAGCUUCCAGACACCAAAUCUGUGACAUUAUUUAGCACCAUUAAAGAUAUGCUGAUAUGGUGUUCCUUGCCACUUUCUAACUGCAUAGGUCAAUCAUACGAUGGAGCUGCCAACAUGAGUGGUGUUCGGAAUGGUGUACAGGCUCUUCUGAAGAAAGAGGCAGACAGUCACUGUCUGUAUGUCCACUGCUUUGCCCACAGCCUGAAUUUGUGCAUAAAAGAUGUCACUCAGAAGUGCGAACUGCUACGCAAUUGCAUGGACUUUAUUUUCCAGCUAGUGCAACUUAUCAGGUUUUCCCCUAAGAGACUUAAUCUUUUUGAGAGCGUGCGCAAGGACAUUUCGGUGUCAGAAGGUGAGUCAGGUCUGUCUCCAUCACUGAGACCACUUUGCCCUACACGAUGGACUGUUCGCCAUUCUGCCAUUUCAAGUAUCCUGAAGAAUUAUAAGAUGCUCAUGACAACACUCGAGAUUGUUCGACAAGGUCAUGAUGAGUAUGCUGCUAAAGGAAGUGGAUUGCUGGCAAAGAUGGAAUCAUUUGAGACUUUCUUUAGCUUGAAGCUUGCUUACAGGGUCUUCUCUGCAGCUGAACAGUUUUCCAUAAACCUUCAGGCUAAAGACACAACUGUUUCCGAGGGAACCAGGGGAGCUGACUUAUUGAGAUCACAUUACGUGUCCUUGCGGAGUUACACUGCCUUUACAGAUUUCUAUAAGGAUGUUCUGGAUUCUUCAGGAGGCCUGACUGACGAACCUGUUCUACCCCGCUGCCGGAAGGUACCCAGGAGAUAUGAUGAAGGGGGCGAGACGCAUCGUUAUGCAUCUCCUGAACACAGGUAUCGCCACGCCUAUUUUGAAGUACUGGACUAUGCGAUUGGUGAAAUAGUGAGACGUUUUGAUCAAUCUGAUCUUCCUAUUGUUCGUGAGGUGGAGUUUCUGCUAAUUGAUGCAGCCAACGGCAAAGAUAUACCAGAAAUCCCAGAGGCAGUUGCCAAAUAUUUUCAGGGGACUCUAGACCUAGCGUGUCUAAAGAUCCAACUAAAGAUGUUACCAGAUGUGAUCACGAAUGCAUUUGCUGGUUCUGCUAUCCGUGUGAAGAAGGUAACGCAUGUCCGGACCAUUGUUGACACGCUCAACUAG